AUGGAUGCUAGUAUCUUGAGGGCUGUGGUUUUGAUGAGCAUGCUUGUGCUUGCAAUAGCUCAAGCUGAUAUUAAUCCUUCCUAUACCAAUACGGUUUCAAAUGGCAACACUCUUGGUCAAGUUGAUGAUGUCUCUGAUCCUUCCAAUACAAAUCAUGUGGUUCCAAAUGGUCAUCUUAUUUCUUGUGGUUUAAAAUGUGCGACAAAGUGCCUGAUGAACCCAAUAUGCCUUGGCAUGUGCAUGAUCAGAUGCAAACAUAGGCCUUCAGAUGUUGUAUAUAAUUGUACACAUAACUGUGACAACUCUAUUGCCACCACAAGCACUUCCAAUUUUGAUAAACGCUAUGUGAAGGGCUUCUUCACUCCUACCGUCAUCACCAACAUCAUCAAUAAUAGUAAUAGAGAGAGAAUACACUCUCCAAGGAGCAACACCUAA